AUGUCCAGGGUGUGGGUACCACGUGUUGUGGAAAAUCCGAUGGUUGUUGUAAACACUUGCACCAUUAGAAGCACGCUGACGCAACCGGCCGAUUUGCCGGAACGCACGGAGCCUCGCGCGGACGUAGCAUCCAACGUAUGUAGAACUAUCAUCGCUUAUUUCUUCACCGGACGACGAAGCCGCGGUGGUGAACGCUGCACCCGUUUCACAGUUUCUGGGCUGGACUGUGUCAGCCGUGCGGGGACCAGCGCACCAAAGUCCACAGUGAAAUCAGCCACAAACAUUCACAUCGACAUCGAGAGCUGCCGCGAGAACCCGAUGACCACGGAAAAUGUGGUACUGUCAGCCUGUAGCUCCGGCCCGCCAAAACCUUGCCCCAUCGAGAAGCGAUUGGCUAGAUUCAAGGUGCAGCCCUCUGCGAAAACGUGGCUUUCAGGAGUGCUACAAAUAGUAAUACCCCUUGAUGGAGCCAUGCAAUGCGCAAGCAACCUAGCAGGGCUUUACAGAAGAACCUUACCAGUCCCAGACAACUGGGGUGAAUCAAUGGUAAUGCCUAUUUACAAGAAGGAUCUAAUACCAUUUCGGAGCCUGGCCGCCUUGCCACCCGAAGGAAGCACGAGAGCCGCGAUACUUCCAAGUUGCCUUAGCCUAGACAGGGAAAAUCGAGAGGCAGAAGUCGCUUUCAAACCGAUUACAUUCUGUCUCAUGGUGACACGCGAAAACUUGACUCAUGAGGAUCAGCCGGGAAUUCGACAGGGCAGAGGGUACGUUGAACACAACCUCAUACUCCGCCAUAUGCACGGACGACCCACCAUCCUGGUAUUCCUUAGCUUCAAGGAUGCGUUUGGUUCAGUCGUUCGGCCAGCGAUUGAACUAUACUUGCUCAAUAGGCCACUGACCGACAAGAACAAAACCAACCCGGGAAACUUGGGCAAAAGCCUCGAUCCUGUGUGUCAAUCCGUGAAUCCGUGCAGAAGCAACAAAGGCAGUUUGAAGAAGCGCAACCGAAGUUCAUUGAAUCACUGA